AUGGAGUUCGGGGACAACGUCGACGACGAGUGGCUGGCGGUGUACCUUCUACAGGCCCUCACCAAGCAGUACCCCGGCUCAGUAGCCAAGGUGUGGGACAACGACGGGGAGUUCCUGCUCAUCGAGGCGGCGUACUCCCUGCCGGAGUGGCUCCAGCCGGCCACGUCCGCGAACCGGGUCUUCCUGUACGCCGGCGACCUCCACAUCGUCCCCCUGACCCGCGACGUGCCCGGCGCCGCAGCCCCAACCCUGCGCGACGGUCUGCGCCUCGUGCGCGACGACGCCGUCGCGACGCUGGCGCCGGCUGCCGCGCGCAGCGCAAUCCAAGCGAAGACGGGGCCGUUCCCGGCCGCGGCGGCCGCGGCCACCCACGUGGCGUGCUGCACGAUCCCGGCGAGGGUUGCGCAUGUGCUGCGACAUGCGCCGCACACCGUGGCGGCUGCGGUGGACGCGUUCUACUCGCGCGACGCGGACGACAUGCGGGCCGCUGCGCGCGUGCGCACAUUCCCGCCCGUCGACAUGGUGACCGUCCCGGUGCGGUUCUCCCGCUGCCUGUUCGCGCAACUGCACUCGCAGCCAUUCGCGAUGCCACGGGCGUGGCCGGCGGCAGCGGAGCCCUCGGCGCGGAGCAGGCGCGCGGCGGAGCUCGGGCUGAAGCUGACGUGCGGGUUCGAGAUCCUCUGCGCGGAGGAGGGGCGCGGCAACGCGGACGAGCGUACGGGCGGCGAUCACGCAGCGGUCGCUGGGGGUGUGGCGUGGGAGCGCUACGUGGCUGCGCUGAAGCGUGCAGGAUACUUCCGCGGGGAGAUCGAGGGGUCGCGGCUGCACCAGGAGCUCACGGCGAAGGCGCGGGAGGCUUUUGUGCAGUCGGAGCAUUACGCAGAGCGAGCGAGGGUGUCUGUGCGGCCAGCGCAGAAGGUAGCCGAGGUGCUGCGGGACGUUCCGCUGCCAGAGUCUGGUGCGUACGACGUAGACGCGGCGGAGGCGUUCGCGGCGGAGUCGGGGGGGGAGUGGCUGGAGGAGUUGGAGGCGCGGGUGGAGGGGGAGUUGCGUGCGCGGGAGGCGGAGCGCGGGCCGGCGGCGGGCGGCGAUGCGGGUGCGGCGGGGCUGGACCUUGACGCGAUGGCGGAGGGCGUUCGGCGCUUCGUCGGGCACGAGGGGGCGGGGUUCGAGGGAGCAGAGGUCCCCGGGGGUGUCGGGGGACUCGACUUGGGGGACGGGUUCGCGGACGGGUUCCUGGGCGAGCUCAAGGCGGCGCUCGGGCUCGCGGAGGCGGAAGGGCGCGGCAGCGAGGGAUCCGAGCUUCUGUCGGACUCGGACAUCCUUGCGUCGUCUGACUCAGAGGGGGGGAGUGACAGCGAGGACGGCGGCGGCGGCGAGCCGGGAAUCCGCGCGUACGCCAAGGCCAUGGGGUCGCAGCUGCGCAGCGGGAAGGACGAGCGCGGCGGCGCGGGGGACGGGCCUGAGUCGGACGGUGGGCUGGAUUUGAAUCACGAGGUCCUGAGCGGGCUGCUGGCGUCCAUGUCGGAGCAGCAGGGGCUCUCGGGGCCCGCGGGCGCGCUGAUGGGCAUGCUCGGUCUGCGCGAUCCGGGCUCGCGGGGCGGCGUUGCGGCGCAAGCGGACGUCGAUGACGGCGACGACGACAGCGACGCCGAGGACGACGAUCUGUACGGCCUCGACUGA